AUGGCUCCCCCGGCUCGGCCCAUCCUGGCCAUCCGGGCGGACGGGUCCACGACCAGAUACCCGAACAUCAGGGCAGCAGUCGACGCCACCGGGAUAGCUCGAGGGAGCAUCGCCCUCGCCGCGUCCAAGCUAGGAAUUCGAGAUGCCCGCGUGUGGAAGUACGAGGACGACCCGAGAGCGCCCGAUCUGAGCGUCUUGAGGACGGCACCUCGAAACGACACGCCGCUCGACGACGACGAAAGGGAGCGAGCUGCCGCCUUCGUGGAAGCGCUCAGAGGGGACGACGGCAGAAUGAUCACAGAGAUGCGCUUGAGCGACGGUUACAUUUGUGCAACCAACUUGUGCCAGUUAGCGGGGAAGACCUGGGGGCAUUACUACUCAUUAGAUGGUACCAAGGCGUUCAUUGAGGCUUUGUCCAAGUUGAUUCGGACGCCAAGUCCAUUCCUCAUCAUCAAGAUCCAAACGGGCCCAUUGAAAAACAGAGGGACAUUUGUCCACCCCACGAUUGCCACACACCUAGCAACGUGGAUCAGUCCUUCUUUUGCGGCUCGCGUGACAACGUGGAUCGAGGAAGCCAAGGAGAGGAUCCCCAACUUGCGGGGGGACUACAACAACGCGCUAGCAACGCUCAAACCAGAAUCAACGAGCAGGGGCAACAUGCGGAUCAUGUACUACUUACCGGAGAUCCAGACACAUGAUCAGGUGUUUGAAAGCUUUGCCCAACAGCGCCCAAACGUGAUAAUCUGCACGGAUAUUUCUCAGUUGAGGGACAAGCUCGUUAAGGAGCUUCAGUCUGAGCUCAGCGACGCCAUUAUCCUCGUCAUGUGCGCUCACGGCGACCGGCUCACCGGGACAGUGCAUCGCCCGCAAGGUCCAUUGACUGGCCAGGUAUUCUACGAUGGCAUUGUCGCCCCGCCGGGCGGCACGACGCCGUGGCCCGGCUUGCGAACGAUCCUGGAGGACCGGAAGAACAACAAGGAGACGCGCUUCUACUUCCUGGCGGCGCAGUGCUACGGUUUGUACUUCACGCGUGCCAUGACCAACGCUUCCAUGCCGAAUGCUUCCAUCUUGGGGCUGUCAUCUGGCAAGACGUGGGUAGAGGGUGAAGAUAUGGGCACCAGGCACAUGGAGACUGAGGCGCACAUCAAUUUCAUCCAGGAGAUCGAGGCACGCUACCCAUAG